AUGAAUAUACCGGAAACUUCAAUGAUGAACUUACCGUUGUUAGAUUUUGAUGCGUCAGAGCUGAUGGAAACACAUGCUCGUUCCAUUCCUGUGGCUCUACUAUACGUGACUAUGAACAGUUUUGUUGCAGAUUUUUCUCAUGAACCUGAUGCUAGAGUUGCAUUUUGUGAUCUGAUUAGUCCCGAACCUAAAAAAACGAGAAAGCUGCUCUAUCUAGUGUCGGAGUUUCUGAAGUUUCACAAAAUCUAUGACCCUAUUUUUUCCACUGUGUCCAAGCAAUAUGAAGAUCAGAAAAGGCAAUUAGAUGAUUUGAAAGAGAAAAUCGACAGGGAAGAAAAACGCAAGUCGCACUUAAAAGCUGAAAGAGAAUCGAGGAGUAGACGAGAAAAUGCGCUGCGUGUCGAAAUUGGAAAACAAUCAGCACUCCUACAGAAACAUCUAAAAGAAGCGAGUUCAUAUGUAGAGCUCCGCAAAGAAUGUAUUCAACAAAUUGAGGACGCCAAUGAGGAGAAAAAAAAGCUGCUUUCGGUUAAAGAAGAUUUGAAUGCUCAACUCGACUAUGUUUCGAAGGGUAUUAUUGAAUCCCCAGAAAAAAUAUCAUCUGAGCUGGAACAUCAACGACAAGAUCUCGAUCGGCUUCGAGACGAUUGUGCAAACACAAGGAAGAAUAUGAUAGAAAUAAAAGGCAGAGUGGAUAUGAUCCCUUUGAUUGACAAGCAGCUGGACGGCUUUUGUGAGGAUUAUGAAAAAAUGUGUAGCUUACAGAGUGAACUCGCGAAAUUGGGUGACGAAAGAGGAGAAAUUGCGCGUUGCUUAUGUGAAGCUGAACGAAAACUAGCCCAAGUUUUUGAAAAGUUUCAGAAUUAUGAUCAUCAGAUCAAGGAUCUGCAAGAAUCCAGUACUAAGGACGACAAGCUCCAUGUUGAGAGGAUGAAUAAUUUGAAGAAUAGACUCAUCGAACUGGAAACAGAAGCGGAACAUCAGAGAGAAGUGUACAAAGACAUGGGCAGUGACCUAAAAAAAUAUCAAAAGGAGUUAAUGAGUGUAAAAAUGGAGAAGUCUAAAUUGAUGAGAGAAGCUGAGGCUGAAGUAGCUGGAAUGACUAGAAGUUAUGAAGAAAUUAUACAGCAUUGUACAGAUGAAAAGCUGAAGUUCAACGAUAACAUGUUGUAUUUAAAAGAUCUCGUACAGACCAUGGUGUCUUCCUUGACAGGUGAUACCUAUCUGGAUACUACUAAUCCCACCGCAAUGGUAGAAAUUUGA